AUGGCUAUAAUUUGUCUUUCUCAGUGUAACAAGGAAAGAACUGGAAAUAUAUUCAUUGAGAUCUUCACUCUUAUCAUUGGUGACCCGAACGUGCUUUACUUUAGUUAUGUCGUGCCAAGGCUAUCCUUCACCUGUUUCAGACCCACCUUGGUGACCGUCUCUUGCAAGCUACCUACGUUUUGGCCAGCAGAUCCUGAACUAUGGUUCGCGCAGGUCGACGCACAGUUCCGUGUUACUUCACAGGCGACCAAGUUCGAAUACGUUAUAGCUACCUUGGAUCCCCAGUAUGCUGCUGAAGUACGAGACCUCAUUCUGAAGCCUCCAGAUGCCGACCCUUAUGAUAGACUUAAGGAGGAAUUAAUCAAGAGGACCACUGCCUCUGAACAACGCCGUCUUCAGUUACCUAUUAAUGCGGAGGACUUAGGAGACAGGACACCCUCUCAACUUUUACGACAUACGCAACAGUUGUUGGGUGGCAAAGCUGCUUCUUUUAAUCAGUCUUUUCUUCGCCAGUUAUUCCUCCAGCGCUUGCCUCCAAAUGUAUGUAUGGUUCUCGCCUCUACUAAGGAUGAUGAGGAUCUUGAGUCUCUGGCUUCUUUGGCUGACAAAGUGGUAGAAGUAGCCUCACGUGCUGUUAAUGCAGUACAAACUACAGAACUCUCCACUGAGGUAGAACAGCUACGUAGUGAUAUUGCUACUCUCAAGAAGCUGGUGACGUCCCUCUCUGAUUUAAGGCACCCUCGUUCUUUUAGACGCCGUACUCCCAGCCCAGCUCCACCUGAUAGACCCACUACCUUAUGCUGGUACCACGCCCAAUUUGCUGAGAAGGCUACUAAGUGCACCAAACCUUGCUCUUGGUCUCAGGGAAACGUACAGGCCAAUCGUUGA